GGGAGUAUUUGCUGCUAAUUGGUACUCUCUGGCCUAGACUUCUGCUUUGAUCAACUUUUCCAAGCAGGGAGGGGGAAAAGACAGAGCUCUCUGUGGAGACUGGAGAGGAAACUCAAAAGGCAUGUCUCUGGGCUACGCAGAGAAGCUGUCUUACAUUGAAGAUGUUGGCAGCGUUGGGAUGACGGAGUAUUACGACACACCCCAUGUUCUAGAGGAGAAAGCUGAGAGGCUUGCAUUGAUGAUUAAAAAGAGUAAGCAUUUAGUGGUGUUUACCGGAGCAGGAAUAUCUACUUCAUGUGGUAUACCCGACUUUCGUGGUCCGAAAGGUAUCUGGACUCUCCAGAAAGAAGGAAAAACUAUGCCAGAAGCAUCAUUGCCAUUUCACCGUGCAAUGCCAAGCAUGACCCAUAUGGCCUUGGUUGAAUUGGAGCAGGCUGGCAUCCUAAAGUUUAUUAUUAGCCAGAAUAUUGACGGCUUACAUCUUCGAUCUGGUAUUCCAAGAGAGAAACUUUCUGAGUUGCAUGGAAAUUCAUUUAUGGAAAUUUGCCCUUCAUGUGGAGUUGAGUAUAUAAGAGACUUUGAAGUAGAAACAAUUGGACUGAAGGAGACAACACGGAGUUGUACAAAAGCGGGUUGUGGUGCUAGGCUUAGAGACACAGUUCUUGAUUGGGAGGAUGCCUUGCCCCCAAAGGAGAUAAAUCCAGCAGAAAAGCAUUGCAAAAUGGCUGAUCUUGUGUUAUGCUUAGGUACAAGUUUGCAGAUAACUCCUGCAUGUAAUUUGCCCCUUAAAUGCCUCCGGAAUGGAGGGGAAAUAGUAAUAGUAAAUCUUCAGAAAACCCCAAAGGAUAAAGAUGCUAGUUUGGUAAUCCAUGGAUUUGUAGAUAAGGUAAUUGCAGGGGUCAUGAACUUUCUCAGACUGCAAAUCCCACCUUUUAUUAGAAUUGAUCUUUUCCAGACCAUCUUUACUCAGGCUUUAAGUCUAGAUAAAAAAUAUGUUAACUGGACACUUAGGUUAACAAGCAUCCAUGGAAAAAAAGCCCCAUUGCCUUUUAUCAAAUCUGUGGAGGUCUCCUUCUCUGAGAGUCCAAACAUGAAAGCAGCUAUUUUAGAUAAGGAACCUCUUCGUCUCAAAAGGAGGACAGUAAAGACAGCAGACCCUUUUGACAUAACUUUCAGACUGAACUUGAGUGAGGGUUGCAAAUGUACUUGUGCUGAAACAAAAAUUCCAGUUAAUUUUAUGGACUCUGUAAAUAAUUUCAAGGGCGACAAUGGUUUGGUCUUUGACAAGCUAAGGAGAGAGGCUAUGGCUGACCCAAACUGUGGGCAGACUGCGCUAUUUGAGAGAGAGACCAUCUUGGUUCCCAAAACCGACAUAUUUGUCCAUGCCAUUGUAACUAACAUUGUGAAAUAUGAAGCAAAUCAGAGUUCAACCAAUGGGUUGAAGAGGAAACAUGAAGGCUUUAAUGGCACUAUCCCUUCUCGGAAGCGAUCAAAACGCCACUGGAAACCCAAACAUCCGUUGAUAAAUUAGGCCAUACAUUGAUAUUUCAGCAUACUGUAAAUAGUUUAGCGCCACUCGAUGAUGCUUCACUGGUAAAUGUUAAUUUGUAGGAGCCGAGUGAAUUUUUGUAGGUCUCACACACACACUCGGGGUAGCUUAUACUGAAGAAAUAUUAAUAUAUUCA